CCAUGAAAGAAAGGAACCGUACAGUGUACAGUUAGGCAAUUAUCACCUGCUCCGCCUCCAUUUUCACUCUCACCUGCUCUCCUCUCUUCUCUUCUCUUCUUUUAUUUAUUGUAUUUUGUUUUUGUUAUUUAUUUUAUUAUUAUUAUUUUGCUUAUAAAAGCGGCAAAGGCAGUGAGGCACAACAAAAGCUAACUACUUACUCAUACGAAGCUCACCCUCUCUCUCUCUCUCUCUCUCUCUCUCUCCAUCCUGCACUGUACUCCCUCUCUCUCUAUCCUCUCUUUCUCUCUCUAGAUUUCGGCCGAAACCGCAAGGAAGAGAUCUCUGCAACUUGGAACGGAAGUAAGGAAUUCGUGAAUUUCUUUAGCUUCUUCUUCUUGAGCUGCGAAAUCUGAGUUAAUUUGCUUCGAGAAGUUUCCUUGAUGCGCUACUUCGCUCACCGACUCUGCGCGUUCGGUUAUGUAGCUCAGAAGCAAGGCAUUUCGAGCAUGUGUGGUUGCCAAGUUAUGCUUGCUUUAGCUCGCCUGAUACGGUUUUGGAUAUCUUCGAAAGAUUUAUCGGUUGCGCGUUAGUGAAAUGGAAGGGUUGAGGAAUUUCUGUUUGUUUUUCUGGUGAUUGUGAAGCUAAUACAGUCUCCGGACGUGUAACUUGCAGAGUAAAUUUAGAGAAUUUUUGUUGCGAGUGAGUUGUUUGGUGAAUUUUCUUUGUUUUCUUCGAAAGUAGGAGGGAAAUGUGGGUGGGAAUUUGAGGGGAUUUGGUGACCAAAUCAAGAAAGAGAAACAAGAAAGAAGCAAGAAACCUAAUUCAUUCUUUCUGUGCAAAAAUGGCGGAAAGGAAGAAGCGAAAGAUACACUUUAGCAAGCUUUAUUCGUUUUCGUGUCUUCGGUCGUCGUUUAAAGAGAGUCAUGACCAGAUAGGGCAGAGGGGAUACUCAAGGGUCGUGCAUUGCAAUGAUCCCGACGGUGCAGAGGCGAUCCAGUUGAGAUAUAGAGGAAACUAUGUUUCGACAACCAAGUACACAGCCAUUAAUUUCAUUCCGAAGUCUCUGUUCGAGCAGUUUAGGAGAGUGGCAAAUAUGUACUUUCUUGUUGUAGCUUGCGUUUCGUUUAGCCCCUUGGCGCCUUAUACAGCUGUCAGUGUUCUCGCACCAUUGCUGGUAGUGAUUGGAGCUACCAUGGCGAAGGAAGCUGUGGAAGAUUGGCGGCGAAGAAAACAGGAUAUAGAGGCAAAUAAUCGAAAGGUUAAAGUGUAUAAGAAUUUUGCAUUCCAUGAGACCAGAUGGAAGAAUCUACGAGUUGGUGACAUUGUGAAGGUGUAUAAAGAUGAGUACUUUCCUGCUGAUCUGCUUUUGCUUGCAUCAAGCCAUGAGGAUGGUAUUUGUUAUGUUGAAACCAUGAACCUUGAUGGAGAGACUAAUUUGAAGUUGAAGCAUUCUUUGGAGGCGACAUCCCAACUCCGCGAUGAAAAAGCUCUCAAAGAAUUUACUGCAGUAAUCAAGUGCGAGGAUCCCAAUGAAAACCUUUACUCAUUUAUUGGAACUCUAUACUAUGAUGGCAAACAAUAUCCACUAUCCUUACAACAAAUUCUCCUAAGAGAUUCGAAGCUUAAAAACACUGAUUACAUUUAUGGUGCUGUUAUUUUUACUGGGCAUGAUACGAAAGUGAUGCAGAAUGCGACAGACCCUCCUUCCAAGAGAAGUAAAAUUGAGAGGAGAAUGGAUAAAAUCAUUUACAUUCUCUUCAGUGCUCUAAUUUUGAUAUCUUUUAUUGGAUCGGUCUUUUUUGGAAUUGAAACUAAAAAAGAUCUUGCUGGUGGAAAGCUUAAAAGGUGGUAUCUUCGUCCAGAUGACACCCCUGUAUUCUAUGACCCCAGAAGACCGACUCUUGCUGCUUUUCUUCAUUUCUUGACGGCCCUUAUGCUGUAUGGAUAUUUGAUACCAAUAUCGUUGUAUGUAUCCAUUGAGAUUGUGAAAGUAUUGCAGAGUAUCUUCAUUAACCAUGAUCGGGAUAUGUAUGAUGAGGAAACAGAUAGACCAGCUCAUGCACGCACCUCUAAUUUGAAUGAGGAACUUGGUCAGGUUCAUACGAUACUUUCUGAUAAAACUGGUACUUUGACUUGUAAUUCAAUGGACUUUGUCAAAUGUUCAAUAGCUGGCACACCAUAUGGCCGCGGUAUGACAGACGUGGAAAUAUCUCUGGCAAGCAGGAAAAGGGGUGGGCAGCCUAAAACUGAUGAUACGUCAUCUGAUAAUGCAUGCCGUAAUGUUGAUGCAUCAGGCUCCGGAAAGUCAAUUAAGGGUUUCAACUUCAGAGAUGAACGCAUCAUGAAUGGGCAGUGGGUUAAUGAACCUCAUUCUGAUAUCAUACGGAAUUUUUUUCGGGUUCUAGCAAUUUGCCAUACAGCCAUUCCUGAUGGAGACAAAGAAUUGGGGAAAAUUUCAUAUGAGGCUGAGUCACCAGACGAAGCAGCAUUUGUCAUUGCUGCCAGGGAACUUGGCUUUGAAUUUUUUGAGAGGACACAGACAAGCACACAUGUCUAUGAGUGGGAUUAUAAUAGAGGGAAAAAGGUUGAGAGAGUGUACGAGCUUCUUCAUGUCUUGGAGUUCACUAGUUUCCGCAAAAGAAUGUCAGUUAUUGUAAGAAACAUGGAAAAUCAGUUGUUGCUGCUUUGCAAGGGCGCUGACAGUGUUAUGUUUGAAAGGCUUGCGAAAGGUGGGCAACAGUUUGAGGCUCAAACCAAGGAUCACAUAAACAAAUAUGCUGAAGCAGGUCUGAGAACCUUGGUAGUUGCAUAUCGUGAACUUGAUGAAGAAGUAUAUAAAAAAUGGGAAGAGGAGUUUGUGAAGGCAAAAGCUUCUGUCUCUGAAGAUCGAGAUGCAUUGGUGGAUGCAGCAGCUGAUAACAUUGAAAGAGAUUUGAUCCUUCUUGGUGCCACAGCUGUGGAGGACAAGCUGCAAAAGGGGGUUCCUGAAUGCAUUAACAAGCUCUCCCAGGCUGGAAUUAAGAUAUGGGUAUUAACUGGUGAUAAAAUGGAAACUGCAAUCAACAUAGGGUAUGCUUGUAGUUUACUAAGACAAGAUAUGAAGCAGAUUGUCAUCACCCUAGAUUCACCAGAUAUUAUUGCAACGGAGAAACAAGGGGAUAAAGAGGCAGCUGCAAAGGCUUCUCUGGAAAGCAUAAGGGGACAACUUAGAGAAGGAAUUUCACAAAUUGAGUCAGCUAGAAAAAUUUCCAACUCAGCUAGGAGUUCUGUUGAAUUUGGCUUAAUAAUUGAUGGAAAGUCGUUGGAAUUUUCACUCCAGAAGAAUGUUGAGGACUCGUUCUUCAGGCUCGCUACUAGUUGUGCGUCUGUUAUCUGCUGCCGCUCUACACCCAAGCAGAAGGCUCUUGUUACGAAAUUGGUAAAGCUGGGAACAGGUAAAACAACCCUAUCAAUUGGUGAUGGGGCUAAUGAUGUUGGCAUGCUUCAAGAGGCUGAUAUUGGAGUUGGCAUCAGUGGUGUUGAAGGGAGGCAGGCAGUGAUGGCAAGUGAUUUUGCUAUAGCUCAGUUCCGGUUUUUGGAACGUCUCUUGUUGGUACAUGGUCAUUGGUGCUACAGGCGCAUAUCAAUGAUGAUAUGCUAUUUCUUCUACAAGAACAUCACAUUUGGGUUUACUCUGUUUUGGUUUGAGGCCUAUGCUUCAUUCUCUGGACAAGCGGCUUAUAAUGAUUGGUACAUGUCAUUUUACAAUGUCUUCUUCACCUCGCUUCCUGUAAUAGCUCUCGGUGUAUUUGAUCAGGAUGUUUCCUCACGGCUCUGCCUCAAGAACCCGUUUUUAUAUCUAGAGGGAGCACAGAACGUUCUCUUCAGCUGGCUUCGCAUACUUGGAUGGAUGAUUAAUGGAGUUAUCAGCUCCAUAAUUAUCUUCUUCUUCACCACCAACUCCACUGUUUACCAGGCUUUUCGGAGAGAUGGUCAGGUUGUUGACUUUGAAGUUCUCGGAGUCACGAUGUAUACUAGCGUGGUGUGGGCGGUGAAUUGCCAAAUGGCACUAGCUAUUAAUUACUUCACUUGGAUUCAGCACUUCUUCAUCUGGGGAAGCAUUGCCUUCUGGUAUGUGUUCUUAGUAAUAUAUGGCUCCCUCCCGCCAACCGUGUCAACUACAGCAUACAAGGUUCUUGUGGAAGCCUGUGCUCCUAGUCCUCUCUAUUGGUUAGUUACAAUUUUUGUAGUUAUUUCGACGCUUCUACCAUAUUUUUCCUACCGGGCUUUUCAGACACGGUUUCAACCAAUGUACCAUGAUAUGAUACAACAAAUGACAGUCGAAAGACGAAACCAGACUCAGAAUUCUGAUGAAUUGUCUCUGCCAGUGACGGGCAAACUACAGCAUCUGAGGGAAAGAUUGAAACCUAGGGAAACAUGAAACAUAUCAAGUUCUAACUCUUACAAUUUUCUGCUAUUUUGGUUUUUUUGUAUAUGUUGCCAGUCAUUUGAAGUGUAGUUUGAGAAAUGAUUUGUAUACAGCUCAACUUUCCAAAUAGAUAGUCAUGUAAAGGUCAUGCAAAUAUAUGUCAAAACUUUAUCAAAGAAAGCUCUGUGUUUUUCCCAUGCCUUUUGUUGUAUAAUAUCGU